AACCUGAGCAACAGCUACUCCGGACUCCAUCUCCCAGGUGGCAUUGCGAGCGGUCUGUUUCUAGGUGUCUAGCAACAGCUACCAGCCCAGACAGCCGGCGGCAACGGGGAGCGGUAUUUCUCGGUGUGUCUUUCCACGAUUUAUUCGCCGGGGUCGGGUAUUUAUAAUUAAAUAGUCGCUUGGCUUGUAAAAAAAACAACAAAAAAACAAAAAGAAACAUAGUGGAAGCAACAACCCUGACCCCUGCACAGAGAUAUGAGCGGCAGCGGGCGGCCCAGGACCAGCUCGUUUGCUGAGCCGCCAGGUGUGCCGGGAACCGCCGCUGCUGCGUCCACCGGAUCAGCCGCUGCCGUGGGGAGCAGCACAGGAAAGUCCGGGGUCCCGCAGGCCUCCGGCAGCAGCUCGUCGGGAUGCUCGAACCUAAAGCUUGCCAGAGACAGCGGGAAGGUGACGACGGUCGUGGCCACUCCAGGUCAGGGACCGGACCGCCCACAGGAAGUCUCUUACACUGACAUCAAGGUGAUCGGCAACGGGUCGUUCGGUGUGGUGUACCAAGCUCGCCUCAUCGACAGCCAAGAGAUGGUGGCCAUCAAGAAGGUUCUGCAGGAUAAGAGGUUCAAGAAUCGAGAGCUACAGAUCAUGAGGAAGCUGGAUCACUGCAACAUCGUCAGACUACGUUACUUCUUCUACUCCAGCGGCGAGAAGAAAGAUGAAGUGUAUCUCAACCUGGUGCUGGACUUUGUCCCCGAGACGGUCUACAGGGUUGCCAGGCAUUUUAACAAGGCCAAGAGCAUCAUUCCUAUCAUAUAUGUGAAGGUGUACAUGUACCAGUUGUUUCGCAGCCUGGCUUAUAUCCAUUCCCAGGGCGUUUGUCACAGAGACAUCAAGCCCCAAAACCUGCUCGUCGACCCAGAAACUGCCAUCCUCAAGCUGUGUGACUUCGGCAGCGCCAAGCAGCUGAUCCGCGGCGAACCCAACGUGUCGUAUAUCUGCUCGCGGUACUACCGCGCCCCUGAGCUCAUUUUCGGUGCCACAGACUACACGGCAAACAUCGACAUCUGGUCAGCGGGCUGCGUACUGGCCGAGCUGCUGCUCGGACAGCCCAUAUUCCCCGGUGACAGCGGGGUGGACCAACUCGUAGAGAUUAUAAAGGUGCUGGGAACCCCGACGAGGGAACAGAUCCGAGAGAUGAACCCAAACUACACAGAAUUCAAGUUCCCUCAAAUCAAAGCUCAUCCAUGGACCAAGGUGUUUAAGCCUCGCACCCCUCCAGAAGCCAUCACUCUCUGCUCCCGGCUGCUGGAGUACACGCCGGCCUCGCGGUUCUCCCCUCUAGAGGCCUGUUCGCACGCCUUCUUCGACGAGCUGCGCCAGCCCAACACACGACUGCCCAGCGGCCGAGAACUGCCCAUGCUCUUCAACUUCAGCCCCACAGAGCUGUCAAUCCAGCCCCAGCUGAACUCGACCCUCAUUCCUCCUCACGCUCGCUCUCAUACAGCUGCUUCCGCCCACGAUGGUACCGGUUCAGACUCAUCUCAACACAGUUCAGUACCCGGAUCUCUUAACAGCAUCUGAAGCAGCCUCUGCACCUGCCUGCCUGCCUGCCAGCCUCACCCUUACCUCAGACACACACACACACACACACACACACACACACACACAUCUUGCUUUCCUCCAUGCUGCUUGCUCUCUCUCCUCUUAGAUGAUCUGUUUUUUGUACAGUAAAUGCAUCGAACAAACAAACAAAUAGUUCUUUAGCUGCCGGGGUCGAAACUACGGCAGGAGAUUGUUACACACACACACACACACACACACACACACACACACACACAGAGUUUCGCUGCUGCUCGGGUGGUUCGUGAAGGUUCAAUAGUCGGGGCUGGUCCUCUGUAAUAUAACCUUUUUUUUUAAUCAACAUUUCUCUUUUCUUUAUAUUUGUGUUUAUUUAUUUGACUAAUUUACAGAAUCACGUGAUCGCAACAUUUUCAUUUGUUUUUAUAUUCUUCAGUGUUUUGUUUUUUUUGCAUCCCUGUUAGUAAAGGGGUGACUGUACACUGCCUGACCAGAAGAACUGGCCCAGAAUAGGUCGUCAGGGUAAAACGGAAACAUUUUAUUCUACUCAGGACGGGAGAGCGAACGCAGACAGACAGCCACAUUAUUUCACCAACCAGCCUGAUGUUUUUAAAUCCAACAUGUUUCCUUUAACCUGCUCAUGUGGCGGGGCAGAGCAGAAAAAACUCUUCAGCAUCAAGUAGCAGUUAUUAGCUUUUGGUUGGAGGUGUAGCGGAUCGCCUCUUACUUGAUUCAUGAUCAGUGGCUGCUUCUAUACAGACUGGACUGGUAACGAGCUCCUGCUUCUCGUAUCUGUUUGUUUCCUGUUCGAGAGUUCUGCGUCGUAAAAGAGCAAAAUAUUCCUCUAAAAACACAUUUCCGUAUUAAUAUAAGUAAGAUCUCACAGAUUUUUAAACUGAGCAGAGCGGAGGUGUUAAUGUGUUCACCCAGAGGAAUAUUACCUCACCUUAAAAACGAGCUGAGACCUUAUAAAUGUCACACAGAAAAAGAGCCUUUGAAAAUCGAUCCUGCCAACUAGUUAGUCUGUUUAACUCAUGAUUAUUUGAAACCACCAGGAUGCCGCAGUUUUAGAUUGUUACAGCAGCAACAAACCUAAGCGCUCCCUCUGAUUCCUGAAUUAGACGCGGAUAUUGACGCUUGUCUAAUAAAGUAGAGCCCAAUCUGCAUUAAAAAUAAUCUCAUUGACUCCCGUUACACCACGUCAAUGACGACCUGCACGAGUUUCACUUGUGCUUCAGGUGUCAGCGGAGGAAACAGCCGUGCUCAGAAACGUCUUAAAGGUUUUUUUCCACUGAAGUUUUAUUGUUUUAAAUCGAUCUUUUAAUUUUGAGCUUUAAAAAACUAAACAAAAAACUUUAAUUGAGCGAUUUUAGGCACCACGGUCAUGACGUGAGAAGAUGACGCUGUUUGGGUGCUUUUAAAAAAAGAGAAAUGAUUCAUUUUAAAGUGAUGAAACGUGGUAAAUAUACUUUGAACUCUGAUAGUUCCAGCACACAGUAGGCUGCUUAUGCCAGCUUCGCUUCCUGAUAUUAGACGAGAAUAUUAUAACAAUGUCUCUCUGAAACCUGUAAGAUCCUCGCAGAUUAAACAUAAACAUGACAUCAAAUCAAAAAGUCAUUUUUUAGUGGAACUCCCGUUCAUGUCCUCGUGUCGGUGUCGUCCUGUCAGCAGAGAAACUAACGGUGGCUGGGCCGGGGAUCUUUUUUAUUAGACUUGACGGGCGGGAUGCUUCGUGUAAAUUUAUUUAUUUAUUGUCGGCCAUCGCAGAGGAGUCAUGAAAACUGUACGUCCAUCGGUAGAAAUAAAUGUUCUCUGAGUUUGUAGAGGAAGACGUAGAAACUGAAUAACUCUGAGGACGGACGGGGGGGCUCAAUGUGAAUAUGAACUUCUGUCGUGUGCUCUUGUACUUCUAUCUUUGUGAGGACUCAGAGAAUACACACACACAUACACACACUCACACACAGUCGACAUCCUCUCAAGUAUAGAAGUACACAACAAACCUGUGUGUGUGUGUGAUUGUGUGUCUGUGAUUGUGUGUCUGGCCAUAUUCCAACCUGCAGUCUGAACAGCCAGCCAGUGUUUUAGGGAUUAGAGCAGUCGACAUACAGAUUUUUAGUCAGUGCAGACCACUUGAAAGUUUGUAGUAUAGUAUAUUUGAUACUAUUGUACCAUGCCUCCACCUGCUGUUUUUAACUGCAGCCACCUUUUCAUUUGAAUCCCACCGCACUCGGCACAUUCACAUCGAUUUCAUUACGAGGAGAGCGGAGAGCAUUUUUUCAUCUUCCUCCCAGCUAACCUUCUUCUCCUCCUUCUCCUCCUCCUGCUCCUCCUCUCAGUCCACGUUCUGCUUCUGUUUGAUUACCUCUGCGGGGUGUGUCACACUCAGAGCUGUCAUGGCUAUGAAAAGGUGUGGAGGAAAAAAAGCUGCACCCGGCGUGAGGAAUCAAACACAGCUGAUUAUUCUCCUCCUCCUCCUCCUCCUCCUCCUCCUCCUCCUCCUCGUCACUCUCCGUCUCUUGUCGCACAUGUAAAUAUCACUGAUUUUUAUUUUCCUCUUUUUACUUUUUAUUACAGAGUUGUUUAUAUCUUAUUUCCCUCAUCACGCCGAUGAAGCAGUCUUAGUUUGUGCAUUUUUUUUUUUUUUUUUUUAAAUAAGUUUCUUUUUUUCACAAUUCAAAAUGUAAAUACUGCAAAGGAGAAAAAAAAAAAUCAGCCUAUUCCUCAUGUUUGUCGAUCUCUCUCUCUCUCUCUCUCUCUUUCUCCGUCUGUUUGUAGUCCAGUGAAAGUUGUUAACGGCGCUGAAGUCCUCUGCGCCUGAUCGUUUGAACAUUUCCACGGUUCUGUUCCAAAAUGUUGGAAACUUUGGGUGACUGAAAAAUCACGUGACCUCUCUUAAAAAAUCUGAACUGAGGCCUGACGGGUUUGCUCAUCUGACAGCAGUGCUCUUCAAUCUGACACAUGGCGGUCGAGCUGUAAAUGUCUGAAACGGUCACCAUGACAUUUGAAGUAGCUUUUUGUUUUAUUUUAUUUUCUUAAAGCACCUUAAUGGAAGUUUCUGACUCACUUUGAACAGGCUGCAGGUUUCCACAAGAGGGAGCUGCUCUCUCCUCCCCGUGCCAAUUCCAGUAAAUCAUAUUAUUAUUUUAUUGUUUUUUAUCUUUGGUUAUCUCCUACUGUGCAAUUAAACAAUCACCCCACAGUAAACGAGAGCACAGAGGACACACAAUCAAACUCACAUGCUGACAAAGGUUUUCAAGCUAAAAGAAACUCCAGAUAUAAAAUAUUAAAAAAAAACCUCGAUCAGAGAUGACUCAGCAACUUCAAACACAGACAUCACACUCGUCUUUUUCUUCCUCGCACCUCAUCGUUCUCGUUUUGGAACAGAACUUUGUGUGUGCGUGUGUCGUGACAGAUUGCAAUAUAUAAAUUACUGUGCAGUAUUGAUUAAAGAAUGACUCCGCUCCGGUCGCACUGACUGACUCGAUCAUGGUGGCACGUGUUGGCGUUUUUGUAUUACGCGCUGUACGGCGUGCAGAGCUGCUGCUAAUGAUCACACACAGACGUUUGUGUUGUGACUGCAGACAGAGCCACCCGUCAGCUGUGUGUGUGUGUGUGUGACUUUUUGUUUUUAAACUCAGCCGUGUGUCACUUUUAUUUAAUUUUUUUUUAACUGUGUCCUUCUGACCUGGUGGACGGUGAUGUGACAGAGUCAUGGAGGCUUAGACGUAGAAAGAGAGAGAAAGAAACACGAAUCUGUCUGUCUCUGUUCUGUGUGUAUGAUAUGAACUCAUUUACUGUAAUAAAGUGAUGAAACUGUG